AUGGCUGUUACUCCAAUCCAGUUCCUCGUCUCAAGUUUACCCCCAGAGGUUCUUGCAAAGAUUCCAGCUAUCGCUGCUCCCCUCGGUGUCACCUCGAACUUGGUCAAUCCAACAAGUAGAGGUUGGAUACUUGCUAUUGUCAGUUCUAUAUUGGCUGGCCUGAUGAUCAUAUGUUACUCCAUUCGAGUUUAUACAAGAUUGGCGAUUCAGCGAAAGUUUGAUACGUACCAUUCCUUUGGUCAUUUGGAUCUAGUAUUGAUUUGCCAGCAGCUUGGCGCUUUGGUGUCGGCGAAAUUUGACAGAUUACAAUGGAUGAAAAUCUGUGUGUUCAUUGGUGCUACACUUUCUUCCCUAUUUUAUCUCGCUAUUACGGUCGUUCAAUUUUAUCUGGCGAUGCCUUUCAAUGGUGAAACAUGGAAAUCACAUAUAAUAUCAGCGCGUACUCUCAUAGGAAUCACCUUUUCUGUCCCCGCGGCCGCUGUCGGGUUGGGGAUUGAUGUAUAUCUUUUCAUCUUGUCAUUGAUUGCUGCUAUUCGGUUGCAUCUACCAACGCGGAAGCGAAUACCUGCUAUGAUGAUAUUUAAUGUGGGGUUACUCGUCUGCAUGGGGUCUGCGUUGAGCAUAUAUUACCGGACAUCGGCAUUAUGUUAUGCUGCUUCCUACCCAUGCGUCUAUUUCUCCGCACAUACCGAUACCCAUUUUCGGGGCGCUCAUACCACGAAUUUCACGGAUGAAUCGAAGCAAGAACCUGCUAUGACUAGACCAGCACCGACAGAGGCCCUAGGUCGAAAUCUUUAUCCAAAUCUUGGUAUGACGAGCCUUUCGAAUUUUGAAGGUAGCGGCUUCAGUAGUAGAGGUUUUAAUGGCUUGUCCACACAACCGGCUGGCGAAAAUCUUUUUCCCAUCGCUACUCAUGAGCUUCGCUACUAG